UCAUCAUCCACAGCCAAACCAAUAUCUCUCUCUCUCUCUCUCUCUCUCUCUCUCUCUCUCUCUCAAACAGCUCAAAUGGGCAAUGGACUCUCUCCUUGUUGCACCAGCACCUCUAAGUCCUCCGUUAAUCUAGUCUUCUGGGAAGGCACAACAAAGACCCUCACAGGGAAGCGGCUCGCUGGGGAGGUCAUGUUCCAGUUCCCAGACAAGAUCGUCUGCCACGCCGACUCCUUCUACAUCGGCCACCCCAUCCCGUCCCUCUCCAUCGAUGAUGAGCUCAUGAAGGGCCAGACAUACUUCGUUCUUCCAAUUGACCGCUUCGCAUGCCAGGUCCUUUCAGCCGCAUCGCUCGCCGCCUUAGCUUCCACUCCCAAAAGGACACCUCUUUGCUUUGGGGAAUGCCCAUUUGAGUACGUCAAAGGCACUGAUGGUCGAGUCUUGAUCAAAGUAUUGCCAGAGUUUAUAAUCCGGAUCUUAUCAAGAAGCAGCGAGCAAGGAUCCAAUCCUACCACAAGCCCAUUAAUUAGUACGCCGGAGUUGCAGAAGCAUUACGCGCAGCUGGUGGGGUCGAAAGGGCAGGUGUGGUCGCCGAAGCUAGAGACGAUCAAGGAGUGUAAGACUCGGUCAUCUUCACGCACGUUGCUAUGGUUGGAGCGGAGAUCAGGAAAGUUUGAAGGCUGAUUUAUCUUUUUAUUUUUAUUUUUAAAAAAAAAAAAGAUUUAUAUAAAUGGUUGAGGAUACCUAAAUUUGGGAUUCUCAUUUUUCAUCAUCCUGUAAAAAUUAUACCAAUAAUCUUAUGGCCUGAUUGGUUGCCACUUAAAAAUUAA